AUGUCUUCAAAUGGGCCAGUCAUUCAGGCACUUCCCUUGGACGUGGCUGCCAAGAUCAAAUCUUCAACUUCAAUCACCCAUCUGCAUGGAGUUGUUGUGGGUCUGGUCAAGAACUCGCUGGAUGCUGGCGCACAGACAGUCCUCGUCUCCGUGGACUUCAAACAUGGAAGCUGCAUAGUGGAGGAUGAUGGGAAGGGAAUCCGACCGGUGGAGUUUGAGCCUACCGGCGGGCUUGGAAAAGCGCACCAUACUUCCAAACAUCAAACCCCAGAAGCCUAUGGGCAUCGAGGUCUAUUCCUGGCUUCUUUGGCUUCCUUGUCGCUGCUCACUGUGACGUCUCGUCAUAUUCAACAUGCGAGCACAAAUUCUGUCAUUUUUCACCAUGCCAGGCCGGUAGCACGAUUGAUCCCUGCUCCCGCCCAUCAUAGCCCCCGGCUUGGCGAACAUGGGACAUGUGUGGCUGUAAAUGAUCUUUUCGGAAAUAUGCCAGUGCGUGUGAAGAGUCGGGCCAUGUCUCUCGAAAAACCCGAAGAAUUGGAAGAGACAAAUGGCCAGCUUUCGAAGCUUGUGCUUUCGGAUGUUGCAAGGGGCAAGCGAUUCACUAUUCGUCCUGAUAACACUCCACCAGAUGCCUCUUUAAGCCAUUCCACUCUUGAAAUGGAUCUCGAGCGUAUAGGGUCCAUUCUUUCACAAUCUGGGAUGCUAGAAUCUCGCAAUAUGAAUUCUUGGCGUGUCAUAUCUGCGUCGAUUCCGUGUCUAAAGAUACAAGCAGCAAUAUCGAAUAUACCGAGUCCAUCGAAGAAAAUCCAAUUCAUCUCACUGGGCAAGGACCCAAUGCUGUCACGGAAUGCUUCAAACAUCUUAUUCAAUGCGGUCAAUCGGUUAAUGUCUAUGUCCGACUUUGGAAACACUAGAAGCGGAUCUGACGUUGCAACUUCAGAACGUUCGGCGCCUGUGACUAGCAGAUCUGAUUCCUUGAACAGCGUGAUGAGCAAAAAUUGGGCGAAGUCAGUCAACAAAUGGCCGAUGUUCUAUAUACGCAUCGACACUGAAUCUCUUCAGCAUUUGGACGAUGAUGAUGAGCCUUUUCCCACGACUGAGAAAUCACUGCAAGAGAUUAUGGAUGUCUUGGAGGCCAUGAUCAUGGAGUUCUUAAAACAGCAGAAUAUGCGACCUCGGGCGAGUCGACAGCAAGCGAAACUUCCCGAUCGGCCUCAGAGAACCAUGAGCGCUACACGAACGAGCUCUGCGCGAUCUAAAAGUCUGUCCAAAAGCAGUCGGAGGUCGAGCCUACGAGAGGGCUUUGAUAAAGGGUUGAAACUUCCGCUGUUGCAAAGAUCGCAGUCUGCCAAUUUCGGACCGCACUUCAGCAAUUGGUCCCGCGUGAAAGCUGCAAAGCAGCCCGAAUAUCAGAGGGCUGAUGUUGUGGGUGCAAGCCUUGUUUCUCAGAACAACAAUGUAUACGAAGAGUCGCAGCUGCCCCAAUUACUAGAGCGGCGACGAAGUCAUUCAAACUGCAGUCGACAUUUCUCUACUCAUUCUGACCUACCAGAGACAUUAAAUGGUGAUUUGGUCCCAUCCCUUCGUGAUGUGGAAGGUGUGAAGCACAGCGAGUCCGAGCUCCAUCCAUCGGAGACACCUACCGAUGAAUUGAUCCCUUGGGUUGACCCACGUACUGGAAAAACACACCAAAUACACUCACGAACUGGACAGACCGUCAACCUCAAAUCUAUCCAUGCUGGACCUAGGUCCAACAGCUUCCUUAGCACAUUGCAAAGACAUGGCCAAUCUCGCAAACCAGCAUACGCCUCAUCUUCUAGGCUUUGGGUAGAUAAUCUGCUCGAUGCUUGGGAUAACCCUACAUUUGCCAGAACAGAGGCGCCAGUGCCAAAUCUCAACGCCGAGGCGGAUCACCUUCACGAUCCAGCUCGCUCACAUCAUUACCACGAGGAUAUCGGUACCUUGUAUGGCGCACACGUUGCCAAGUUCAAAGGCAAAUUACAACGGCAAAGCCUGGCGAAGGCCACCAUCAUCGCCCAAGUGGAUCGAAAGUUCAUCCUCGCCAAGUUAGGCCCUACACAUCCCCCUGCCACCGUUGAACAUGAACCGGAGAGUGUUCUAGUCUUGAUCGAUCAACAUGCCGCCGAUGAGCGAUGCCGAGUUGAACUGUUGUUUGAGGAUAUGUUCAUUUCUCCCGGCUCCUUGGAUCGGCAUGAUCAAGUUCAAACUAUGGAGAUUGAUCCAAUUUCCUUUGGCAUAUCAGCCACAGAAGCUUCACGCUUUCGCACGUACUUGAAAUUUUUCAUGAAUUGGGGUAUUGGCUACAGCGUAAUCGCUAAAGAGGUAUCUGAAGUAACCGUUCAGGUCACUGCUUUACCAACUCUCAUUGCUGAGCGUUGUCGACUUGAGCCCAACCUGAUCGUGGACCUUCUCCGUCGUGAAAUUUGGACUUAUGAGGAGGAGAAUGGAAAGCCGCCGGGCUCGAAACGACCAGCGACGAAUUUCUCAAUGAGCUACGAUGUUGAUAACGAAGAGUUCUCCGGAGACAGAACGCACCCGUGGGUGCAGAAAAUGAGCGGCUGUCCGCAGAGCAUUCUGGAUCUACUCAAUUCUCGGGCAUGCCGUGGUGCUAUCAUGUUCAACGACUCGUUGAGUCAAGCGGAAUGUGAAGCACUAGUCAUGCGGCUCUCGAAGUGUGCCUUUCCGUUCCAAUGUGCUCAUGGCCGACCGUCCAUGAUCCCGAUUCUCGACUUGCGACUACAAGCUGGAAAUGGAGCUUUGCCCUCUGAUGGUGGCAUCCUGGAUUUGGAAUUUAACGAGAAUGAUGAUAAUGGGAUAGAAUUCAUGGAGGCAUUUCGGGCGCAGUAUGUCAAUUAG